UUUUACUCUAUAAUUUAAUUUUAAAAAAUGAUACAUGUCGUCAAGGAGAUACACUAGGGUGAGUGAGAUCGCCACUUCUUUCUCUCCGUCUUCCCGCCAUUUUGCGCCUUUGUUGCCACGUCAUCACAUCGCCAUCUGCCCGGACACGUGGCAAUCCAGCGUCCACCUGCUCUCUGACACUCCAUAAAUGAAUAACUCCCAACCCCACCCCCACCCCCACGCAGACGACACCCACUUUUGUAUUUUGCACUCAAACCGACGCCGUAUGCUCCCAGUGCCGCUGCAGCGCCAUUCUCAUUUCGAAAAUGCACACCCCCUCCUCCUCUGUAUGUAUUUUGCGUGAGAGCUGAAACCCCAACUCCAAGAUUCAAGAAUCCUCUCUCUCUCUCUCUCUCUCGCUCUCUCCCACACACAUACACAGAGAGAAAGAUCGCACGCGGAUGGAAAUGGAAGAGGGUAGCUGUAGUACUACCGGAAAUGGGGUUGUCGUGGGCGACGAGGCGCAGGAAGACGACAACAGCGUGAUGGAUUCGUGGCUUAUCGUCGACGACGACACGGCUUCGGAGCUAUCGAAGCUUCUAGACUUGUUCGGGACGCCUCCGCCCCCCAUAAAGGUGAGGUUCAUCGACGACCCCUACUCCACGUCACUGAUAUUCCAGUCGUCGUCGGCUUACGUCACCAUCAACGGAAAUGAGGAGUCAUGCGGCUCCUCCUUCUCCGACUCCGAUUCCUCCGUCAUGGCCAGCAUAGACAUCGGCGGAGCCAGGAGGUGCAGAGGCCCGUGGGUGCUUGACUGUGCGGAGGCUCGUGAGUGGUGGAUGGAAGGGGGUAUUGUCGGGGAGGCGGACUGGGACGUGGAGUUGGAGGGGUUUCUCCCCGGGGGAUGCGAGUAUGCCGAUGACAGUGAAGAUGCAACGUGGGUAGAGUUUCUUGAAGAAAUAUUCGGCCAACUGAAAGAAGAAACAGCAAAAGAAAAAAUAGUUGACUAGGGUUUUGACCCAUUUAGGGAGAAGAGGGCAGAAUCAGAAUACUAGCUAAGCUGCCUGGAAGGGAAGCCCAUUACAUUGUAGCUUAAGAAGGGAGGCUUGAAGCAGGUAAUACUCCUGGAUAGAAUUACCUUGAGGAUGCUGGCAAUCCUGCUUGAACAACAUAGUAACGCAUACAAGAAAGCAUUGCUUCAAAACAUCAUACCAUCUGGCAAGUCAUGCGAUGUUGCUCCUAGCAAAAAUAUGCUGCCUAGCUAAACUUAGCUAAGUGUUGCUUGUUAUAUUACACCAACUUAUUUGCUAGGAAUACUCAUCGAAUGGAAACACCUAAUAUCUACUUUAAAGAAAAACAUAUUUUGCAUGCCAGAUGGGCAUAUUUGACUUUUUAUUUGAUGAGUUUUUUAUGCAUGUAUUAAGCAUAUUGAGAUAUCCCAAUAUCCUACUGUUGCAGAAAGUAGUACAAAAGGCAUACCAACUGCCCCCAUAUUUAUAUAGAAAAUACAUCAACAACAUAACAUGGAGAUAAAAACACAAGUAGCAAGGCAUGUUUACAACAAGUGAGUAGAAGAAGUAAAAUUAG